AUGCUUUUUAAAAUGCUCUCCUCAGUAGCCUUUCUUAUUGGCCCGCUUCUCACAACCUCUAGUGAAUGGUCCCCAUAUCGACUUUCGAUUACAAUCGGCCUUGUCUUCUCCCUUGCUGGAGACUUCUUCCUGCUCCCUUCCCGAGGCGAGUUUUACAAUUCGUCCUCUUCAGUCCAGGGCCAGGGAAAACCAAUUUCGACCUUCUUCCAGCUGGGGGUAGUCGCCUUCGCAUUGGCCCAUAUCGCCUACAUUGUUGCCUUCCUCCGAGACACCAAAGGCAUUUCGUUGGGCACUCUUACAACUACAUUCAUCGCGACCAUGCUCGUUGCGAAGUGGCUCGGUGUGAUCUACCCACCUGAACAGUCCUCGGCUCGUAGCAACUUGCUCAACCUCACCAUUGCUCCCGAUAUGAAGCCUCUGGUAUUGGUAUAUGCAAUGAUCAUCAGCUCGAUGUUCGCUGUUGCUCUGGCUACAAAUCCGUCGACUCCAACCACAACCUGGCUGUCCCAACGCGGGCUAGGGGCUGUCAUGUUUGUGGUUAGUGACGUCUUUGUUGCGAAAGAUGCGUUUGAAAGUUCGUCUGGUCCCGGGAAGCUGGGCUGGCUUAGGAUUGCAGUCGGAUAUGGUCUGUACUUCUGGGGGCAGAUGGUCCUAGCAGGAACAGUAGAGACGACGUAG